AAAGGAAAAAGAAAAACGAACACCAGUCCAUUUCACAAUCUCUCUCUCUCUCUGUGCCUAAUCUCCACGCUUUAGCUAUGUGAUCUCCGAGCGAAGCGAGUCUUCUCUCUCGACAGAAACCCUAAUUUGGUCCACACUGCAAAUCUUUGAUUAGGGCUUUCAUUCAUUCUCUCUCUAUAUGCGAUAUAUACAUGCAAUUACAUAUAUACAACAAUUAUACAUAUAGAUACGGAUACAUUGGGGAUGGUUAGAGAUGGGUCGAGACGGGUACAUCGUGCCGGUGGAUCCACAGGUGGGGCCGAAGAAGAAGACGGCCAGUUCGAGGAGCUGGAUUUUGAUGGACGCCACUGGGGAAGGCACUGUCUUGGAUGUCGACAAGUACGCAAUCAUGCAUCGUGUCCAGAUUCACGCUCGUGAUCUUCGCAUUCUCGAUCCUCUCUUGUCCUACCCUUCUACGAUUCUUGGCCGUGAAAAGGCCAUCGUUCUCAAUUUGGAGCACAUUAAGGCGAUCAUCACUGCUGAAGAGGUAUUGCUUCGAGAUCCAUUAGAUGAUAAUGUUAUCCCUGUUGUUGAGGAACUACGAAGACGAUUGCCUCCUAUAAAUGCCAUUCGUGAAGUUCAAUCAGAUGGAAAGGAGUUAGGUGGGCAGAAUGAAGUUGAUACUGGCGAAGAAGAUGAAUCUCCUUUUGAAUUCCGGGCCUUGGAGGUGGCUUUGGAAGCCAUUUGUAGUUUUCUUGCUGCUCGUACAACCGAACUGGAGACUGCUGCUUAUCCAGCUUUAGAUGAACUCACAUCUAAGAUUAGUAGCCGUAAUUUGGAUCGGGUUCGUAAAUUGAAAAGUGCAAUGACGCGGUUAACUGCACGGGUUCAAAAGGUGAGAGAUGAGCUUGAACAAUUACUUGAUGAUGAUGAUGAUAUGGCUGAUCUUUACUUGUCUAGAAAGUUGGCUGGUGCAUCUUCACCUGUAAGUGGCUCAGGUGCUGCCAAUUGGUUUCCUAUGUCGCCUACCAUAGGUUCAAAGAUAUCUAGAGCGAGUAGGGCAAGUCUGGCAACAGUUCGUGGAGAUGAGGAUGAUGUUGAGGAGCUUGAAAUGUUACUUGAGGCUUACUUCAUGCAAAUUGAUGGAACAUUGAACAAAUUGACUACGCUGCGUGAGUAUAUUGAUGAUACAGAGGAUUACAUUAAUAUUCAGCUUGACAAUCAUCGAAACCAGUUGAUUCAGCUAGAGCUUUUUCUAAGUUCAGGAACUGUUUCUUUAUCCAUCUAUUCUUUGGUGGCUGGAAUAUUUGGCAUGAAUAUUCCAUAUACAUGGAAUGAUCAUUACGGCUACAUGUUCAAAUGGGUGGUCGUCUGUGCAGGGGCAUUUUGUGCCAUCGUUUUUGUAUUUAUCAUUUCCUAUGCUCGGUACAAGGGUCUUGUUGGAUCUUGAAAUUCAUAAGUUGUGUCCCGUUAGAAUCGGCUUGUUUGAAUUCCAGAUUGCAGAGCUCCAGCAGCACUGUUGUUCAAGAUUUACAGCGACUACACAAAAUUUUAACAACUUGAUUAGCCCAUUUGGGGUGUGAAACACAGAAUUGUAAUCAGCUUAAAUGGGCUAUGAAACACAGAAUUGUAAUCAGCUUACAAAGUUACAUUUUAUUCUUCCGGUGUCUAAUUAAAGUUACUAUUGUUCUUUAUACAUGAAGUUGGCUCAGUCCUAGGACCUUUAAUUUUAUCAGUUCUUUGUAAUUGUCCAUAAUUCAAUUGUUGUCAUAAUAAUUAUAUUUAAUAAAACAAUUAGCUGCAUGCUUUCACUAGUUU